AUGGGUAGUGGUUUAGUUUAUCUUCGAUUACUUACGAUAUUUGUCAGUCUUCUGUACGCUCAGCUUGCAUUCGUGACUGCAGAUGACGUUGAAAAGACCUCAGCAGAGUGUUCCGUUCAGCUGGGACCUCAAUCCACUGCUCAAGGUGUACGAAAUAGUACAUUUAAUGGAGUGCAAUUUUGUGAAUAUCUUGGUAUUCGGUACGCAAAGCCUCCCGUUGGGUUGCUUCGAUUUGCAGAUCCAGUGUUCGAGGAACCAGAAGGUCACAACAACUACACUGCGUAUGGGAACAAAUGCCCACAGUUUGAUGAUAUCAACGAGCAGACAUCCGUAGCCGGAGCGGAGGACUGUCUGUUUUUGAAUAUUUUCACAACAGUGAACAACACGACUAGUCGAGAUGGUAGCGAUCGGAUCGUCAUGCUCCCAGUGUUGGUGUUCAUCCACGGUGGUAGUCAUGUCGUCGGUUCCGGCGAAGUUCAUGGCGUCGAUUUGCUUAUGGAAAAUGAUGUGAUCGUAGUAACGAUCAACUAUCGACUUGGUGUGUUUGGAUUUUUGAAGGAUGAAAAGCAUAACAUCACGGGAAACUAUGGACUGAAGGAUCAACUCGUGGCUCUCCAGUGGAUACAGCGCUAUGUUAGCUAUUUCGGUGGUGAUCCCAAUCGUGUCACGGUUAUGGGACACAGUGCAGGCGCUGGCGAUCUCUCCCAUCACCUUUAUAGCGAUCGGGCUCGAGGGUUGUUUCAGGGAGCUAUUCUUCUAAGCGGCUCGAUGCUUGCACCUUGGGCGAUGCUAUACGAAGGCGAAAAGUGCAUGGAUAAUUAUGAGCGAGACCUCAGCGCGUCGACACUGAACGAGCUUCGUGAGCAAUCAUUUGAGGAGUUUUUCCUGAAAGAUAACAGACUUCGGCACACAUUUGCCUUCUCCAGUAUGUUCUAUCCAUGCUUCCUUCCGACGUUAGAGGAUCAUCCCGACGAUGAAGCGUCAUACUUCAGACAAUCUCCUCACAAGCUCGUUCGAACGAAGGCUCCACAUCCGAUGCCGAUGUUGAUGAGUGAAACCUCCACCGAGUUCGAGCUCAUGCUAAAGCAUGUGACAGCUUUCUGGAUGAGCAAUAACUACCCCAAUAAUCGACGUCGUGAACUGAAGCAACAGAUCGCGGAAAUUUUUGAAAACAUUAGUAUCUGGGUGGUCUCGCAAGGGUUGGAAGACUCCAGGGGCCAAUUCUAUCGCAAGAUGGCAAGCAUGGCCAACCUGCACCAUCCUAUAAAACGGUUGCUGAGUGAGUUUGUGCAACGGUUGGACGUCGAGAAGGUUUACUAUUUGCGCUUUCAGUUCGACGGAAAGUUUGGAGAAUACAAGAAGAAAAUAUUUGCCCACUACGUGGACAACUCGGUGUACGGUGCGAUCCACGGAGAUGAGUUAGGCUACAUUUUUAGCCCUUAUAAUAUGAAGGAGGCACUAGGAAACCGUAGCGAGUUCCGCCGUGAACUAUCGGUGCACAUAAAAACGGUAGAACUUAUAACCAAUUUCGUGAAAUAUGGAAACCCGACACCGAAACGCAGUAAACUAUCCGACCUUGUCUGGCCUUCGUACAGCGAGUUACGUAAUCAAACGCAAUACCUGAACGUAGACGAAGAGUUUCAGGUGCGGGAAGUCGAAGAUCGACGAAAUAUUUACUUCAUGAUCUGGCAAAUCGUAUAUGAAUGCCUUUACUACGAACAAUGCGAAGCCCUCACGAAACUCCGCCAGCUGUCGGAGAGGUACACGGAUGAAAAUGCUGUCCGCAGUGAAGAAUAUCCUGAUGAACUUGCGGAGCAGCUAAAAGAUUACUUUACUUAG